GAGUCGACAUUAGAAUGGGAAUCAUUUGAACAGUACUGUGUAUGSCAAUUAAUACAAGCUGAAGAUGUACUUCUAGAAUCCAUUGUUGGAAUUCUUCCUCAACUAAAACCAGACCUACACGCUGAAGCCUUGACGAACUUGUUAAUUCUUAUGAAGAGCGUCGAGCCUUCCCAUGAUCUUUUGACGCCCGUUGUUGCAAUGGAAUGYCCGGACAAGAGACCUGGUAACCAGUUUGUCACUGCGUUACUUAAGUGUUGGAGUGUAGAGUAUUCUAGUGAGCUUGCGCAGCUUGCUAGUCAACAGAUUAGUAAACAAUUGUCUGGAGGGAAAAAACGAAAAAAUGCCAAGAAUCAACCUUCUGUCGAUCAGAUCCUUGGACAUCUUGAUUGGCUGUACAAAAUAUCACAGGAACAAGAAGAUAUUAGUUUUUUCAAGCAGGAUAAUAUACGUUCAGCAUUAGACCAGGCAAAAAUUGCUGGCACAGAAGCUAGAAAGUCGAGGUUUAAGAUGUUGUUUUCGUUGUGCGAUGAAAAAGAAUCUCGAAAACGAAACACCAGGACAUCAAGAACGCAGGCGGCUGCUUCAAAACAUGUCCAGUCUUCAGACGAAAGUGAUGAGGAAGAAGAUUCUGUCAAACCAAAACAAGCAAAACGAAGAAAGAAAAACAAUUCAUCUGUAGAAUCUGACAGCGAUGAGUAACAGACCACCUCACCCCUCAACCAAUGAACAACA